AUGUUCACUGAUAAUACAACAUUUACACCAAAUAAUACAUCACCAUCAUCAACUAUUAAAGUUGAUGGCAUGGAAUUUGGAUUCCAAAUCAUUGCUAUUCAAGAAAUUGGAUUAAAUGAUGAGGUUGUCAAAGAACUAUUGACAAAUAGUUGGUCAUCAAAUGUUAGUACUGUCAAUUCAUUGACCAAUGCCAUCUAUCAAUUAAAGAUUGAUAAUUCAAGUGUUCUUGCAUCGACCACUGUAACAGCCUACAUUUCAUUCUCUACACUUGCAAGAACUGUAUUGUUUGGAAAUCAAGAGCUUAUUGUCAAUCCAAACUCUAUCAAACUAUCCGUCUCCAUCUCUAAUUGGCAAUACUCAUCAAACAUUGGUACAAUCAGAUUAUUAUUGAAAACAGAUAUCAACAAUCAACAAUUGGUACAACAAGAUUGUAAACAAACUGAAAUCGAGUCAUUCUCAUUUGAUGAUUUAGGUGAUAUUCAAUACCUAAGAGUUAUCAAAGACAAUAUCCAAUUUAAUGGAAGAUUCCUUGAUUUUGCCAUUGCCGAUGGUAGAUCAACCUAUUCUCAAACUCUUUUAAUCAAUCAAACUAAAUUGGAUUCUGACCUGUCAACUGUCAUUAUUGGUAUUACAUUGCCUCAAUGUCAAGCAUGUGAGAUUGAUCCAGACUUUACACCAUUGUUGGUAGGUGAUAGUGUUGGUUGUGACAGUCAAACCCCUAUCAAAUGGAAAAUGAUUGUUGGUAUUGUUGUUGGUGUUGUCGGAGGUGCAUGUGCCUCUAUCUUUAUCUUCCAAGGUAUUAAAAAGUAUAAAAGAUAUAGAAUUUUAAAAGCAAAAUCAAUUGCCAUGACUAGAAUCUAG